CUGCCCCGCCACCCCCGCAGCCAUUGCCCCGCCCCUCGGGCUGGGUCCCCGCCCCGCGCGGCUUGCGCCCACCCCCGUGCGGCGCGGCUGCAGCCCCCACGCACAUAUAGGCUCCUCCGCCGCACUGCCCGCGUUGCCGCCGCUGCCGCCUCCUCCAGGCAUGGCACAGGGCUGUACCUCACUAUGGCAGCAGCGCAGCACAGCACCCUGGACUUCCUGCUCGGCGCCACAGCUGAUUGCAAUGCUGUUCUUAAAGCUCUACAGCCCAUUUUUCAGGAGCAGGGAAUGACAGAAACAGUUCAUAACUGGGAAGACCAUGGCUAUUUAGCAACAUACAUCAAGAAAAAUGGCAGUUUUGCCAAUUUGAGAAUUCACCCUCAUGGAUUAGUGUUGGUGGAUCUGCAGAGCUACAGUGAUUAUACAAAAGGAAGAGAAGAAGUUGAUCAGCUUCUAAACAAAGUAGAAGAGAGAAUGAAAGAAUUGUUUCAUGGUAACAUAAAAAGGGUGAAACGAUUGCCAGCCAUUUUGAGGGGAGGUGUCAUCGACAGAUACUGGCCCACAGCUGAUGGGCGCCUGGUGGAGUACGACAUAGAUGAAGUUGUUUAUGAUGAAGAUUCACCUUUUCAAAAUAUUAAAAUCCUGCAUUCAAAACAGUUUGGGAAUAUUCUUAUCCUCAGUGGGGAUGUCAAUCUGGCUGAGAGUGACCUGGCAUACACUCAAGCCAUAAUGGGCAGCGGAAAGGAAGACUACACUGGGAAAGAAGUGCUAAUCCUAGGAGGUGGUGAUGGAGGUAUAUUAUAUGAGAUAGUCAAACUGAAGCCAAAGAUGGUUACUAUGGUAGAGAUUGACCAAAUGGUGAUCGACGGGUGUAAAAAAUACAUGCGUAAAACAUGUGGAGAUGUCUUAGACAAUCUGAAUGGAGAGUGCUAUCAGGUUCUGAUUGAAGACUGUAUUCCCGUAUUGAAGAGGUAUGCCAAAGAAGGAAGGAUGUUUGAUUAUGUAAUUAAUGAUCUGACAGCUGUUCCAAUCUCCACAUCUCCAGAAGAAGAUUCCACGUGGGAAUUUCUGCGGUUGAUUCUUGACCUCUCAAUGAAGGUCCUGAAACAAGAUGGAAAAUACUUCACACAGGGAAACUGUAUCAAUCUGACCGAUGCCUUGACUCUAUAUGAAGAACAGCUUAGCAGGCUUUAUUGUCCUGUGGAGUUUUCAAAAGAAACUGUGUGCGUUCCCUCUUACAUGGAAUUAUGGGUGUUCUACACUAUUUGGAAGAAACAAAUGGACAUGUGAACAUCAAGAUUAUUUGAGAUUAUCCUAAAUGUACAUGCUGCAUGGAGCAUAUAGGCCUGCCACGUGCUGCAUAUUGUCAUCUUGAACCUUUAAAUUAUAUGCUGUAGAUGAUCCUGAAACUUAGUCAUACUAUUGAUUGUGAAUUCUUUAAAUGUUUUUAUUAUUAUUUUAAUUUAAAAGCAAAUGGAAAAUGUAUAUUUUGAUGAGCUAGGGUGUUAUUUUUGAAAGUCAACUUAAAGAUGAAUAAGCAGCAAACCUAUAUAGCUGCUGAAUGCACUGAACCUUUAGAAUGUGAUCCUUUUUAUUUUUUGUAGAUCUUCACAAGCUGAUUAAAAAAGACAUCUUUAGCAUUUCACCCCUGAA